AUGGAUUUGAUGGUGUCUACAAGCAGUGGACAAGAGGGGUUCUGCCUGAUUCAACGAUUCCAUCGCGACUGUAAACGAAGUUAUAAGCUUGACGUCUUAGGCCGCACGAGUAGCAAUGUUCGGUCGAAAUUCCUUCUUGCGCCACGGAAAAGGAAUCGACUUGUUCUUGUUUCCGCGGCUUUCAAGGUGGAGAGUUCCGGUCUCAAUGGCAGAGCUCAGAAGUUCGAACAUUCGGCUUCCGGGCACAGCACUACUGACGGUAAUGGUCAUUACAGCUCUGCGAACUCGUCUUUUGCGUUGGAAGAUGCCGAGAGCAAUAACCACUUGCGGCAGCUGGUUAGAGCCGGAGAAUUGGAGGAAGGGUUUAAGUUUCUAGAGAACAUGGUUUAUCACGGCAAUGUCCCCGAUAUCAUCCCCUGCACGACGCUGAUACGCGGAUUCUGCAGGCUGGGCAAAACGAGGAAAGCAGCAAAGAUCUUGGAGAUUCUUGAAGGCUCUGGUGCUGUUCCUGAUGUUAUCACCUACAACGUCAUGAUCAGUGGCUACUGCAAAGCCGGGGAGAUCAACAACGCUUUAUCGGUUCUCGAUAGAAUGAGCGUUUCUCCGGAUGUCGUCACUUACAACACGAUCCUGCGUUCUCUUUGCGACAGCGGGAAACUUAAGCAAGCCAUGGAGGUUCUUGAUAGGCAGCUCCGGAGAGACUGUUAUCCCGAUGUGAUUACUUACACUAUAUUGAUCGAAGCUACUUGCAAAGAGAGCGGUGUCGGACAGGCGAUGGAGCUUCUUGAUGAAAUGAGGGAUAAAGGAUGUACCCCCGAUGUUGUCACUUACAACGUUCUCGUCAACGGGAUUUGUAAAGAAGGGAGAUUGGAUGAAGCGAUCAAGUUCUUGAACGACAUGCCGUCUUAUGGAUGCGAGCCGAAUGUUAUCACGCAUAACAUAAUCCUCCGGAGUAUGUGUAGUACAGGGAGAUGGAUGGACGCGGAGAAGCUUCUCGCUGAGAUGCUUCGUAAAGGCUUCUCGCCGAGUGUUGUCACUUUCAACAUCUUGAUUAAUUUCUUGUGCAGGAAGGGUUUGCUUGGCCGAGCGAUUGACAUCUUGGAGAAGAUGCCUAAACAUGGAUGCCAGCCGAAUUCUUUGAGCUACAACCCGCUGCUUCACGGGUUCUGCAAGGAGAAGAAGAUGGACAGGGCUAUCGAGUAUUUGGAGAGGAUGGUCUCUCGUGGUUGUUACCCGGACAUUGUGACCUACAACACUAUGCUUACGGCUUUGUGCAAAGACGGGAAAGUUGAGGAUGCCGUUGAGAUACUUAAUCAGCUUAGCAGCAAAGGGUGUUCCCCUGUUCUGAUCACUUACAACACCGUCAUUGACGGGCUUGCGAAAGCAGGGAAGACAGGGAAAGCGAUAAAACUGCUGGACGAGAUGCGUGCAAAAGAUCUAAAGCCUGACACAAUCACGUAUUCCUCUCUGGUUGGAGGUUUGAGCAGGGAAGGGAAAGUAGACGAGGCCAUCAAGUUUUUCCAUGAGUUUGAGCGGAUGGGGGUUAGGCCGAACGCAGUCACUUUCAACUCAAUAAUGCUGGGACUCUGCAAGACUCGGCAAACAGACCGUGCCAUCGAUUUCUUGGUUUAUAUGAUCAACAGAGGGUGUAAACCGACUGAGACAUCGUACACGAUUCUGAUAGAAGGCAUAGCUUAUGAAGGUAUGGCAAAGGAAGCUCUGGAGCUGCUCAAUGAGCUUUGUAACAAGGGACUCAUGAAGAGAAGCUCAGCAGAGCAGGUUGCAGGAAAAUGUAGCAGUAAGUAG